AUGGAAAAUCAGUCAUAUGGAUUUAGUUUUCAGUUAACCUUGGACCCUUUUGUAAUUCCACCAGGAGGAAAGUAUCCCAUUUUUCUCCUUGGUAUUACGAUUUAUUUGUUUGGAAUGUCCUGUAACUUGGCCCUGCUGAUGUUGCUCAUUUUGAAGAGAAACCUGCACAAACCCAUGUAUUUUAUCCUGUUUAGUCUUCCUCUAAAUGAUUUGAUAGGAAUAACUGCAAUGCUCCCAAAAAUCCUUUCAGAUAUUGUUACAGAGACACAGAACACAUACUACCCUCUGUGUGUUUUACAAGCAUUCCUGCUGCACAUGUACGGUGGUGGAAUUUUGUUUAUUCUUGCAGCAAUGUCUUUUGAUCGUUAUGUUGCAAUCUGCAUGCCAUUACGUUACAACUCUAUUAUGACCCCAAGAAUGGUGACCUGUAUUAUCUCUUUAGUUUGGGGUCUUGACUUUGUCUUGAUCUUAUUACUGUUCUGUUUGCAGACUAAGCUCCCCAGAUGCAGAUCUGUUAUUAUGAACGUGUUCUGCGAUAACCCAUCUCUCCUAAAGCUCACAUGUGGAAACAUAACUGUCAAUAAUAUCAUAGGACUGUUUAACACAGCUGUCAUGCAAGCUAUGAGUGUGUCCAUUCAAGCAUAUUCUUAUGUUAAAAUUCUGAUCACAUGUUUGGCUUCCAGGAAAUCUGAAACAAAGACAAAAGCUGUCAACACCUGUGUUGCACAGUUACUCAUUCUGGUUAUUUUUGAGGUUGUGGGAACUUUCACAAUUUUAUCUCAUAGAUUUAAAAAUGUCUCGGCUGACUUGCAAAAGAUAAUGGGCAUGCUAAUAUUUCUUGUACCUCCACUUCUUAAUCCGAUUGUAUAUGGUUUGUAUACAGCUGAAAUACGAAAUAAUUUGCUGAGUGUCUUUAAGAACAGAAUAUCCUUCUGA